GAUGCCUAUUAAUUUCAGCGCAGUUCAUAAUUGUCGUGUUCCACAAUGCCUGUGUUAGUGCUAAUCUUAAUAUUUAGUGCGAUGUUUGCAAUGUGGUGGUACUGGUGGCGACCUCUACCUCGGGCACCCGCAACGUACCCUGGUGCAUUGCCCAUCAUUGGACACAUUGUUGAGGGAAUAAAAUAUCGCAAUGACAUAUGGGGGUAUAUGGAACGUAUUGCUGAUUAUCUCAUAACAGAUGAGUGUGUUCAGCUUCGGAUGGGUCCUCAUAUCAUAUAUGUUGUAAGCGAUCCAGAUGAAGUUGAUAUUAUCGCAAACACAUGUUUGAAAAAAUCAUUCUUCUACAAGUUUUUGAUCGACGUUUUAGGAAAUGGACUUCUAAUAUCAGAUGUGCCCACUUGGAAAAUACAUCGUAAGUUACUGAACCCUGCUUUCAACCUGCACGUACUGAACACAUUUCUAAAUGUUAUGAACGUAGAAGCUCGAAAUUUAGUCUCACGAUUGAAACCUAUAGCGGGCCAGGGACCAGUCAAUAUAAAAGAGUUUCUAAUUAAAUACAUUCUAAGAUCGGUUUGCAGAACAUCAUUGGGAUUGGAAGCUAAAGACCAAGAUAUGAUUGACAAAGAAUACGCACAAGCUAUCGACGAAAUCAUAACAAUGGCAGUGAAACGAGGUCUGAACGUGGCAUUGCAUCCUUCAUUUAUUUACAACAGAACUGCAAUGAGAAAACGAGAACAAGAAAUUGUUACAAGUAUCAAAAACGUUUUAAAUAGCAUAAUCCAGAAACGUAAAUCGGAUAUUAAAAGCAGCUCCAGUGUCUACUCAAGGAAUGGUAAAUUCAAACCUAUACUAGAUCUGUUGCUGCAUUUAUCUGAUGAACAAUACGUCCUCUCCGACGAUGAAAUCAAAACGCACCUGAAUACUUUCGUGGCAGCUUCUUACGACACAACUUCAUCAAUACUACAAAUUGUGUUGUUAGUGAUUGGAUCAUAUCCUGAUGUACAGGAACAAGUUUACAAAGAAAUUAUCGAAGUAUUCGGAGAUAAUGAGGAAUUGACCAAAUACGACUUACCAAAACUGGUUUACUUAGAAGCAGUGAUAAAAGAGGUUUUGAGGCUAUAUUCUAUAGUUCCCUGGAUUUCGAGAGAAAUUGACACUGAUAUGGUUUUUCCAAAAUAUACAUUAAGGGCUGGAAGUACAUGUGUUCUGGUGUUAUACAAUCUUCACCGUCACCCCUCGUGGGGACCAGAUGCAAAGCAAUUCAAACCGGAGCGAUGGCUGAAUCCCGCCACCUUACCUACUAACCCCAACGUAUACGCACCGUUUGGUAUUGGCAAGCGAAACUGCAUUGGAAAGCAGUAUGCCAUGAUGACCCUGAAGACUUCAGUGGCACAUAUCAUACGAAAUUUCCAAUUAUCUGCUGAUAUUAGUGAUUUUAACUGGAAAUACAAAGUUAUAUUGAAACCAGCAAAACCAAUUCUUGUUACUUUUACGUUAAGAUCUUAAAUAAAAAAUUAAAAAACUAUGUGAACUAAGAA